UCUGUCAAACUUCCAGGAACCUGCUAGUCUUCUCCUCUCUCUCUAUAUAACAUCUAUACGUACAAAUGUUUUGAGCACCGAGCAUUCGCCCUCGAGCUCGCUCUGGGCGAGUCGGCCGGGUCUUCCUUUUGCUCUGUUUCCCCCACGAUGAAGACGCGUCCACCACAUAGUCCAAAUUUUCUUGCGAACGAAACUGGAGUUCCAGAAACCGAAACAUGGCUCGUCCAUGGAGAUUCACUGUUCUUCUUCCGCUUUAUCUAGUAUUGGCAAUACUUGAACUUCAAGACUUCUCAUGCAUCAAGGGGUGCUUAUUAUUGGAGGAGGAGCUGAGCCCCUUCUUCUUCCAUCUCUUCAUUUUGCUUGUUUCCUUCCCUCUUCUUUUUCUUUUAUCUUUCCUAUGUCUUCAUGGGCGCAGCUGCUCUUGGGUGGGCUCCAGCUCCCCCUGCACCCUCCUUGCAUCCGCGUUAUGUUUUUUAACGACAGACUUCUGGGAGGAUUCAGGAGAGAAUGAGACUCUUCAAUGUCGCAGAACAUUCAGAGUAUUGUUGCUUUUAGCAAUGAUAUUGUUCAUCGCCGUGAGCACAGUUCAAGGAGUAUCGGACGAGCAGGGGAACAGUUACUCAGGCGGUGCUCCCCCUCCGUUUACUUCCCUGGAUCAAUAUUACUCUUUUAUUGUUAGCCAACAACAAAGAUCACUAGAGCAGGGUGGUUAUGGCGCCCAUCGUGGCAUGGACCCUUUUACGGAGAAAGUGAACAUGGCUAUGAUGAAGAUUAACGAAGGAAAUAAGAUGAGAGAGGAAGGAAAUAAGGUGAUCGAGGAAGGAUUUAAGUCCCUCCUUGGUAUGAAACCAAAUUGGAGCAAGCGGACUCGGUAUGCUGAUCACCAUCCUGCUAGGCUGGAGGCAGCAGGACCAUCGAGCCAGGCACACAACAUCAACGAAGAACGCCCAUGCCAGAAUCAUAAGUUUAAGCUUUGUUUCCAUGGCAGUUUGAAGUCUUGCAUCAUCUACACAAACAUACCCAUACUAGCACAGAGCAACGAAGGAAUAGAGAUUGUGAUAUGCAGGGAUGAUCAAAUAAUCUCAUUGGGUCACCUUGCUUCACUGACAGUGGAAAUUGUGGCUUUAGAGAGCGACCAUUCCUGCAAAGGUGAGUGGACUGAAGAGGAUUUUGACCGCCAAAUAAGGAAGAGCCGAGAUGGAGGAGAAUCUGUGCUGGACGGAGAACGACUCGUGAAGCUAGUCAAUGGCAAGGCCUCUCUUGGUAACAUUCGCUUCAAGGAAGGCUCCACGGGGACACGCACUAGGGAGUUCGUCCUUGCGGCGAGAGUUUGUAGAAGUGAAAACAUUGGAGGACCUCGGGUUGAAGAGGCGUUCAUGCACCCUCCUUUCACCGUGAAGGUAGAGCGGAGCAAGGCAAAUGAAAAGAGUCCCCUUCCAAAGUUGGAUGACAAAGUAUAUUGUUUAAAGGGAAUAGCAAAGGGUGGAGUUUACCAUAAAAGGCUCGAGCAGAAGAACAUAUGUAAGGUGCAAGAUUUCUUAAAGGCUUUUAAUAGAGAUCCAGAUCAGCUCCGUCAGGUUCUGAAUAUUGAAUUAAAGAAGCAUGCUUCCUGGGCAACAAUUGUUGAACAUGCAAUGAAAUGUGAUCUCACAGACAAAAAUGAACUGAAAUCGUACAAGGUUGAAACAGAAAAUGUCACGCUCUUCUUCAAUUGUGUGGAUGAUCUUAUCGGAGCAGAAUUUCAUGAUAACUCUGAUGCAGAGGGCAAGUUUAAAUUGUUUAAUGAAAACCAAAAGGCUAAAGCGAAGAAAUGGUUAAAGCAGGCAUACAAUAAAUUGGAUGCCAUUGAAUUUGACUAUGCUAUGGAUGGCAAUCGUCCUGUCAAAAUAUUCUCAAAUAUUAUUGCUGCUGCUGGGAGCACAUCCAUUCCAAUAUUGCUAGGGCCAACACAACAAAACACUCCUACUCCUAGUCAUCAUUCAAAUAAGUUUCAAGGAUCUGAGAACUUUGUGAGUAGUCCUUCUUCUGGGAUGGAUUGCGCACCUGGCCUUCCUCUUGGAGAUGCAAACCGCAACGCUGCAAGACCGACUGCAUCAGGACCAUCUCAUUAAGUUCAUGACGACAGACAUGUAAACCAAGGUCUAGGUCAGAACGACAUUCCUCAAGGAGACCUCAAUUGCAGUGUUGAUGUGGGCAUCGAGGAUGUCUGGGAAUCACUCGAAGAACUCGAACAAACUAUUAAUAUGCCAGAAUGUUCAGGGAUCACUGCUGCACCGGGCAUAUCGUCCUUUUCUCCAAAUGUGCACGGCCCUGAUCAACUAGCCAGCGCUGCAUCAGAUCUGCAAGAUCAGACAAUCCACGGGCGUGGCUACAACGGCGAUUUCCAGGAACGCUGAUAGGUGAUGCAUGUACCGGAUGCAACUGAGCUAGGACUAGGGAGUACUUUAUAGAUGGAAUGACCCUGUGGCCUCCCGUUUGUUGGCCAUGGACACCAACACACCAUUGACAACUGAUAGUGCCAAGUGGCUCACCUUGGGGUUGGGGGUAGUUUUUGUUAAGAUAUCCCUAGGAUUAAGGAUAAUAAUGUACUUAUACCGAAUAUGCCUCUCAAGGGUUGGCUCUAUAUAAUGGAACAUGUACAUAUCAUUAUAAUAACUAGUGAGGUGACCCGCGCAAAAUGCAUGGCUAGUAUUGAUAUUUUCAAUAUAUCAUGCAUUUUGUAUCUAA